UGUACGCUUUUGACCUCCCAACUAUUUAAGCCACUCAACCCUCCAAUUUUCAGCUCUCUCUCACUGGCAUUCUUCUUCGCAUUCGCAUUCUCUCCCUUGCCCUCUCCGGUUCUUUAACCUUUUAAGGUUGUGUUCGACACCAGAUGUCUUUUGAUUCCAGAAAGGUGCAUCUGUGGUCUGUUUGGUGUGCUUUCUGUUUCAUGAACCGGGGGCGGCUGUGGUGCUCUAGAAAGAUAUUGUUUCGGCAUUGGACCUAAGAGGCUUUUCGAAGUAGUAUUCUUUGUUUUAAGAUCUGUCGUCAAGGAAGUUCUGGUUUCUGUAAACUAUACUAUACUGUAUUAUUUCAUUCUUUGCUUUCGAAGACCGUUGGCUUAUUGAGAAGGGUUUGGUUGGGCUGAAUAAAGUUGUGUAGAGGCUUAUUGUCGAUUGAAGUAUCGGGUCUGCUGUGAUGGUGAGGUCUUCACUCCCUCCGGGAUUUCGAUUUCAUCCUACUGAUGUUGAGCUGGUUAUGUACUAUCUCAAGAGGAAGAUCUUGGGGAAGAAACUUCGAUUCGAAGCUAUUGCGGAAGUGAACAUCUAUAAGUUCUUUCCAUCAGAUUUACCUGAAAAAUCUUGUCUGAAAAGUAAGGAUCUAGAGUGGUACUUUCUCUGUCCAAUAGAGAAAAAAUAUGCAACUGGUGCUCGGGUGAAGCGUGCUACUGAAAAUGGAUACUGGAAAACCACUGGAAAGGAUAGGCCCGUCCGGUUGAAUGAAAAAACUGUUGGAAAUAUAAAGACAUUAGUUUUUCAUUCUGGUCAUGCUCCUAAAGGGGAUAGGACCGAUUGGGUUCUACAUGAGUAUAGGAUCGUUGACGACGAGGUGGCUGCAGCAGGACUUCAGGACUCAUAUGUGCUGUGUAAGGUUUUCAAGAAGAGUGGUCCGGGUCCCCAAAAUGGUGCUCAAUAUGGAGCACCCUUCAAUGAAGAAGAGUGGUCGGAUGAUGAAGACGACAAUACACAUCUCCAGGCUGUACCCGUGGAAACUAACGGUUCAUUACCUGUUAGUGUUAUGUUGCCUGAAGGACGAAUUUGCCCUCCUCCGACCAGCUCAUUCUGUCCUGGAAGUAUGUCUAGGUUUCCUUCGGCUGAUCGAGUACCAUCAGUAGGCUUCUCAAGAGCUGAGGUUCCUGUGGAAGAGACUAAUCCCGAGCUUGCUCGGUUGUUGGCCCAAUUGACAGAUGAAGGCACAUUGCCUUUGAAUGAGAAUGAAAUUCACAAGAUUGAACCAAAUGACAAGGGGAAGAAACCUUGCAUGGACACGUGUGGGAUAUAUGAUGGUCUUGGUGACCUGGAUAGUCGGUUCAGGAUGACUGAUGCCGGGCUUGAUUUCACUGAGAUAUUGAAAGAAGGUUGUGGGUGUGAUCAGGCUAUCAACAAUUCAGACUACAUAGAAAUCGACGAUCUUCUGAAUCCAUUAAAUGGCUCAAAUGGAGUAACUGGAACAGACCAUUCCCUAGGAAUUAACAAUCUUCUGACUCCAUUGUAUGGCUCAAAUGGAGUACCGGGGAUGGACCAUUCCACAGAUUUUGAUAUGUUUGAAUCCUACAACCUCGAGAAUGUGGGUCAGCUCUGCCAUGGUGAAUCGUCUCAUGCAAAUCAACUCCCAAUGAUACCUACUGAUGAAUUGUACAAUAUCAGCAAUUUUACGGGCGCAUAUCAGAUGUUCAACUACCAGUUUCACAAUGGAUCAGACGCUUCACAACAUGUCUCUGACGAGCAACCAGGCAAGUUCUCCAAAGACGCUGAAAUAGGAGUGAGAGUAGAGUCUAGAGAUUGGGAUCCAGCUCGCGCACCUAUUAGAGCUGCUGCUCGUUGUUGGUAUUUGUGUAAUUGUGGUGGCUCUCCCAUGCAUACCAAGGCUGAGGUGACUCACAGAGCUGGUGAAUGCACUAACGAAGCUUUGUUAUUCAUGAUGGGCGGAGUCGUCGGGCAGCAGUUGGUGCAAUUUAUUCGAUCCUUGGUUAGUUUCUGUCUUGUUUUACCAGCAUUUCUUGAUUUGGGUAAGGAUGAUGUUUGUUGUUUUGUUGGCUAUGGGAUCAUCGACAAUCUUCAACUUAUUAGUAUUCUUGAACCAAUCUAUGUGAACUACCUACACAGUUUUCAUCUAUCUAUUUACUUUUUUGUUGUUUGAAAA